CACAGGCAGGUGUGCUGAGCGCUGUGGCAUGCCAGGGCGGUGAGCCAGUGCCGUAGCGGGCGCCCAGCAGAGCUGCAGAGAACAUGAUGGCCCUGCAGCUCAAGGGGCUCUUGCACUCUGGGCUGUACCGCAGGAGGCGUGAGCGGCCUGACAGCGCGAGGCCGCCCGGGGCAGGGCGCAGCAGGUUGAGCAACAUGGCCAAUGCCCUGGCCAGCGCCACCUGUGAGCGCUGCCGAGGGGGCUUUGCGCCCGCCGAGAAGAUUGUGAACAGCAACGGCGAGCUUUACCAUGAGCCCUGCUUUGUGUGCGCUCAGUGCUUCCAGCCUUUCCCUGAGGGGCUCUUCUAUGAGUUUGAAGGCAGGAAGUACUGUGAGCACGACUUCCAGAUGCUCUUCGCUCCCUGCUGCCACCAGUGUGGUGAAUUCAUCAUCGGUCGUGUCAUCAAGGCCAUGAACAACAGCUGGCAUCCCGAGUGCUUCUGCUGCGACCUCUGCCAGGAGGUGCUGGCAGACAUUGGCUUCGUGAAGAACGCUGGCAGACACCUGUGCCGCCCCUGUCACAAUCGAGAGAAAGCCCGGGGCCUGGGGAAGUACGUCUGCCAGAAGUGCCACGCCAUCAUCGACGAGCAGCCCCUGGUCUUCAAGAAUGACCCGUACCAUCCCGACCACUUCAACUGUGCCAACUGCGGGAAGGAACUGACUGCUGACGCCCGGGAGCUGAAGGGGGAGCUCUACUGCCUGCCGUGCCAUGACAAGAUGGGGGUGCCCAUCUGUGGGGCCUGCCGGCGGCCCAUCGAGGGCCGCGUGGUGAACGCCAUGGGCAAGCAGUGGCACGUGGAGCAUUUUGUUUGUGCCAAGUGUGAGAAGCCAUUUCUUGGACAUCGCCAUUAUGAAAGGAAGGGCCUGGCGUACUGCGAAACCCACUACAACCAGGUACAGACAGCAGGGCUCCCUCCAUGUAGGGAUUCACGCUCCACACAACUCUGCCUACCAGGACAUGGGUGGGAAAGAGGAUUUGAGCCCUGGUCUCAGUGCGUGAGCGCUGUGCGCCACAUCCAAGCGCUUCACUUCAGGGAACCGAGCUGGUCCUCCAGAGAGAGGCGGAGGAAAGCGCCGGCCCAGCCCCUGCCCGUGCCCAAGGAGCAGCCCCACCCUGCCCCCGGCGGCACACCAGUGACCAUCUCUCUCCCCGCAGUGGUCUCGGCCCUGAACAAGGCCUGGUGUGUGAACUGCUUCUCCUGCUCCACCUGCCACACCAAGCUGACCCUCAAGAAUAAAUUCGUGGAGUUUGACAUGAAACCCGUCUGUAAGAAGUGCUAUGAGAAAUUCCCGCUGGAGCUGAAGAAAAGGCUGAAGAAGUUAGCCGAGACUUUAGGCCGGAAGUAACCCGCCCCGCUCUGGCCUCCGCGCGGCGCCCUGCGCCCUCCCCGAGCAGGUGGGCGGCGGCCAGUUUUCUUUACUCCCUUUUCUCAUUAAGGAAAUUUAAAAGCCCCAAAAAGUUAAAUGUAACUUCAAAGUUAAAAGGAGUCAGCCUUUACCUGACUCUGAUGUUUUCUAAGCGUAACAAUGCUUUACUUUGUAUUCAAAAGAAAACUACUUCUGGUUGCUGUUGGGGAAGAUGCAGGGGUACAGCCAAACUACUAGUUCUCAAAUAACAUCACUACAAGACCAGUGUACUCAGAACUACCUGGUGUUAUUUUUGUUAAAUGCAGCAAUUAUUGAGCUUAUUUUUUAUUGUGUAAGCUUCCUUCAUACAAUUACUGAACAGUUAACGGUAGCUAGCUAAUAGUAUGUCUCUUUAAAUUUUGUUUAAAAUAU